AUGGCUCUCCCCGGCCGACAACGACUACCAACCUCCCCAUUUUUCUCCCUCGUGAUACUCCCGUUCCUAGUAUUCCUCCUCGGCUUCGGCGGCUCAGUUUCUGCCGCCGGCUCCAGCGUCAUCGGUCUCGAUGUCGGUACCGAAUACUUCAAGGCCGCUCUCGUGAAACCCGGCGUUCCCCUCGAAAUUGUGCUCAGCAAGGACUCAAAGCGCAAGGAACCGGCUGCCAUUGCGUUCAAGCCGACGAGAGAAAGCGACGCUCCCUUCCCCGAGCGAUUCUACGGUAGUGGUGCGCUGGCCCUGGCGGCUCGGUACCCAGAUGAUGUUUACAUGAAUCUCAAGACUUUGUUGGGCGUGCCCUUCAACGAUGGAAACGAUGAUACGGUCAAGGAGUACUGGAGCCGGUAUCCAGCUCUCAAGCUUGAAAGUGCUCCCGAUGGCCGUGGCUCAGUGGCCAUGCGCUCGAACCGACUCGGCGAGGCGGAGAAGAAGGAUGCGUUCUUGGUUGAGGAAAUUUUGGCCAUGCAAUUGAAGGAAGUCAAGUCCAACGCGGAUCUCUUGGCUGGGAAGGGAUCCGAUGUCCGAGAUGUCGUGAUUACCUACCCCGCAUUCUACACCGCGGAGGAGAAGAAGAGUCUCUCCAUGGCCGCCGAGUUGGCCGGUCUGAAGAUCGAAGCUCUUAUCAGCGAUGGGUUGGCUGUUGGUCUGAACUACGCCACCAGUCGCACUUUCCCUAGCGUCUCGGACGGUGAGAAGCCAGAAUACCAUGUUGUUUUUGAUAUGGGAGCCGGCUCGACUACCGCAAGCGUGUUGCGCUUCCAGAGCCGUCAGGUCAAAGACAUUGGCAAGUACAACAAGACCGUCCAGGAAGUCAAUGUUUUGGGGGCUGGCUGGGACAAGACGCUCGGUGGUGACGCCCUGAACGAUCUCAUUGUCAACGACAUGGUUGAGAAUCUUGUCCAGGAAAAGAAGCUCAAGGGCAAGGUCACCGUUGAGGAGAUUAAGGCGCACGGAAAGACCAUGUCGAGACUCUGGAAAGAUGCGGAAAAGGCUCGCCAGGUUCUAAGCGCUAAUGGCGACACUAGCGCAAGUUUCGAGGGGCUCUACGACGAGGAGGUCAACUUCAAAUACAAGAUCACCCGCGCCCACUUCGAGAAACUGGCUGCUGGUCAUGCAGCUCGCAUCAAUGGUCCUUUGGAACGGGCCCUUGAAUCUGCCAACCUAAAGCUCAACGAUAUCGAUUCCAUCAUUCUCCACGGUGGUGCCGUUCGCACUCCAUUCGUCCAAAAGCAGCUGGAGAAAAUCUCGGGUUCUUCGAAAAAGAUUCGGUCCAACGUUAAUGCCGAUGAGGCCGCUGUGUUCGGUGCCGCUUUCAAAGGAGCUGCUCUCAGUCCUAGCUUCCGUGUUAAGGAGAUUCGUGCCAGUGACGCCGCUUCUUACCCUGUUAUUCUCCAGUGGAAGUCAGAUGGCAAGGACAGAAACCAAAAGCUGUUCACUGCUACUUCUCAGGUCGGCCCGGAGAAGCAGGUUACUGUUAAGAACCUGGAUGAUUUUGAGUUCAGCUUCUACCAACAGAUUCGGGAUGGAGAUAACCUUCCCGUCCUAAGUGUUGAGACUCAAAACCUCACAGCCUCUGUCGCCAAGCUCAAAGACAGCUUUGGCUGCUCGGCUGCAAAUAUUACCGCCAAAUUCAACAUUCGUCUGAAUCCCAUCGAUGGUCUCCCCCAGGUCACCAGUGGCAAUGUCAGCUGUGAGGUUGAAGCAGAGAAGAAAGGCAUUGUCGAUGAUGUCAAGGGCUUCUUUGGCCUCGGAUCCAAGAAGGGAGAUCAGCAGCCCCUCGGUGAAGACGAGGCAAGUGAAUCAAUUACCCUUGAGCCCGAGGUUGAAUCAUCGACGACUUCCGCAAGCGCUGCUUUCACUACCAGCGCCACCAAAGACAGCGGCAAGGCCACCGCGCAGACUAAGCUGGAGAUUAUCCCCAUUGCUCUCAAGUCUACUCCUCUUGGAACCAAGGCCCCCCUCGACCGUGAUCGUGUCCUGCGCGAGGAAGCUCUCAACGAGCUGGAAUCGUUCAUCUAUCGCAGCCGUGAUCUUGUGGACAACGAGGAAUUUGCCACGGCCAUCAAGGCGGACCAGCUGUCUACAUUGCAGGACAAGCUAUCCACUUCCAGCGACUGGCUAUACGAAGAGAGCGACAACGCUAAGACGGCAGACUUCCAGGCCAAGUUGAAGGAUCUGAAAAGCAUUGUCGACCCUGCACUCAAGCGCAUGAAGGAAUCCACUGACCGACCCGCGCGUAUCAAGUUGCUUCAAGACAUGAUCAAGAACGCCGAGUCCAUGAAGCAGCUAAUUGAGGGUCAAAUCAAAUCCGACGAGGACACCUACUCCUCUGCCCUCUCUGCCUCGAGCACCUCUACCGAGCAAACAGAGACCAGCUCCUCCACUCCUGCCCCAGCUGCCUCUGGCGAUGAUUCUCUGGACGACCUUGAUGAUGACUCCUACUCCUCUUCGUCUUCCAAGACCUCUACCAAGACUGCUGUUGCAGCCAAGCCUACCGGCCCCAAGUACGCCCUCUUCACACCUACCGAUCUCUCCUCCCUUACCGAGAUCUACGAUUCUUCCAAGCUGUGGGUUGAUGAAAAGCUCGCACUGCAAGAGAAGCUCACCGAGUCCGAUGACCCAGCCUUGACGGUUGUCGAUAUUGACUCUCGUCUGCGUGAGUUUGAGCGUGUUUUGAACCGCAUGUAUGAGCGAAUGACUGCUGCUUCCAAGAAGACCAGCUCCAAGAAGACUAAGAGUAAAGAGAAGAAGCCGGAAGCUGAGAAGGCUAAGGGCAAGGAGAAGGAGAAGGCCAAGUCCACAGACGACACCCGUAAGGAUGAGCUGUGA